UCCCAAAUCCACUACCUAGAACAGCGGUUCUCAACCUCUCAAUUUGAGGCAAUGAGAAUACAUAAUGCAUAUCAGGUAUUUACAUUCUGAAUCAGAACUGUAGCAAAAUUACAGUUUUGAAGUAGCCACCAAAAUAAUGUUUUGGUUUGGGGUCACUGCAACAUGAGGAACUGUAUUGCGGGGUCACGGCAUUAGAAAGGUUGAGAACCACUGGUCUACAGCAACAAGAAAAAGAAAGAGGAGAUCAAAGAAUUGAACAUGCAACUAAAAAGCUAGGAAAAGAACAAAUUAAAAAAUUCUUAGAUAAAGAACAAAUUGGAAAUUGUAAAAAUCAAAGUAGAAAUUAAUUAAAUUGAAAGUAAAAGAACUAACUAAAAAAUAAGACUAGGAGCUGGUAUUGUGAAAAGAUAAAUAAAAUACAUGAAGUAUUCAUUAAUCUAAUUUUUAAAAAGAAAGAAGAGAAUCAAUUUAGCAGUAUCAGGAAUGAAAAGAGUGAUUACACCUGUAAUGUAGAGGAAAUUAAGGCAAUUUUAAGAGCUAUUUUGGUGUCUGUAAUGCAGGAGCCCAGGUUAGGAUGUGCCUGUUACCCUGCUGUGGGGCCUGGAAUAAGCAACAACCCCCCUCCACUAGAUUAAAAUUAAUAUCCAAUAACUCCAAGCAUUAUAUUUUACAAGCUUUAUUAAUAAUCACUUGAAGUAGAGAAUGAAAAAGAAGAAAACUAAAAACCUGAAUAAAGAAAGCUUUCCCUACCAAGUAUGUUGGAAAAGAGAGAGAGGCAGGGUCACACAGAAACUUUAUCUCCAAAACCUAAGGACAUAACAGGAGGAGGAACAUGGGAAGCUGGGAUUUAGAAUCCUGGGAAAUAGAUUCUAAUUAGACCUGCCCUUCCCAUCCUGUUCAGGUCCAUUCUGGCAGAAACUCCCAAAGUGUGUCUGAGGGUCAGUGUUCUGGGUCAGGCUGAAGCCCCAGACACAGGGACCUGGAGGGAUCAGCUUUUGUCCUGCCAUCCUGCCUGCUCCUCCUUACCAGACACCUCUCUGAGACUCCUGGACUGUUCUCUCUGGGAGUCUCUGCCUUUGCUCCUGGGGAACUCUACAAUCCUCCUUGGCCCAAUGCAGUCUCUCAGCCAGUCCAUUUGAAGUGGGACACUUCACAAAUGAGUUCAAACACAUAGAAUUUCGAUUAUUGGAACCGUAAUUUAUUACUAAAAGAGAGAAAUAAAGAAUCUACCAGCUGGGGCAGAAUUCCCUAAUGGAAAACUGUGUCAGACUGACAUUACAGGAUAACUUAUAUAGGUACAGAGUUAUCCAGGUUCUUAUCUGACAACACAGGAAUGCCAGGUUGGAGACAAGAAGCCCAUCCUGGGGCUGUUAUCCAAGGAGUGUUUAUCCUUACUUAGUCAAAAGUUAGUUUGCUGACCCUUUGAUAUUCCUGAAAUUCCUCUUUUGUCUCCUGGCCCCCUCCCCAAGCUAAGCAGAAACCAGUUUAUCUGAUUAAACAGCCAGGUCUGUUCUCUAAAAAUAGGGACAGGGGCUUAUCUCUUUUUCAUUUUUCCAUCUUUGGUCUUUUUGGGGCUACUUCACAUUCACCCUGACAAUGACAGAGGGGUGCAAGCAGGGCCUACAGGAGGAUCCCAGGGCCUCCUGGAGGAGAGUCUCCCCAGCAUUUAGUGUGGGGAGAAGGGGUUGAAGGUCGGGGAACCAGUCUGGACCAGAACGUUUGGUUCUUGGCAUUUUCUUCAAAGAGGGCUGGACUCUGUCCAUAAUUUUCCCUUAUGUGGAAACAGGAGGCAGCUGGAAGGGGAGCAGAGGAGCUGGCAGGGACCUGGGCAGAGAGGCAGGGAGGCCUCAGUUCCAAUGUGGCCACAAAGAGCUCCACUGUGUGACGUGGCUCAGACUGGAGGCACAGAAGAGAGAUGCGGGAGGAUAGAACAGGGAGAAGGUCACCCAGAGGUUCAGGGAACAGAGGGCAGCGCAAAGGCCUCUGGGAAACAGGAAGUCCAGAUCCUGCCCAGUGCUCCUCCCCCCUCCUCCCCUUCCAAAGAUUUUCCUGCUGGGGCUCCUUAGGGAGAGCUACUGUGCAUACUCACCCCACCCGCCUGGGCAGAGUGAGGCCCGCACAUUGCUCUUCCCCCAACAGGUGUCUAAAACCUCGGGGUGUCCUCAAGGGCUCCUGACAGGCCCUGGCCCCUGGGAUUCCCUUCGUUAUUCAGAGCCAGUGUGGGAGCCGCCGGAACCCACGUGUCUAGGAAGGUGCUUUGCCUGGCCCUGGUUGCUGUGGUAACCUGGUUGGGUAAAUGUCUGAGGACAGGGGCGUGUCCAAAGAUCCUGAGCGAAAGGGCGUGGCUAGAGCCAGCAGCUGAAGAGGGGCGGGGCCUUCUCCUUCCUUCUUCCUGUGGCUCUUUUCUCCUGCAGACCCCCAAUAAGUCUCACUCCUCUGCCUUGGCUAAGGAGACUAACCCUAAUCCUCGGGAUCCUCUUCCCCCUCCUUUUCUGCAAGAGUGCGGAGGAGGAGAAGAGAGUAUUUUUGUGUCUCCCCCAUCCAGCCCCGGAACCACGGGCAGCGCAGAGGCCUCUGGGAAGCAGGAAGCCGGAAGUCACGAUUGUGCCCAGUCGUCCCCACCUCCUGGGCUUCCAAAGAUUUUCCCGCCUUGUUUCUGUAUCCCCCGCGGAUCCUCCCGCGCACCCCACGGAAUGAACGGGUUAGAGCCGGGAGCCCCAGGCAGCGUGGACCCCCGGGUGGGCCCGAGUCCGAAUUCUUCUUUUUGCCAGUCUCUUUGGGGCAGACCAACUCUCUGUGCCUCCUUGAGGCUAAUUCCUGGAGACUGCAGAUCAGCCCAAAGUCGGGAGCCCCUCCCCCAGGUCUUUCCCUCCUUUCCUUCUACCUCAGACAGGAGAGAGUCUGAGUCUGAGUGACUGCCAACUGCCAGACACCAACUGCCACCCCCGGAGAGCGUAACUGUCACAGCAAACCGGCCAGCCUCGAAGCUGACAGUCUCAGCUCUGUCUGAAACUCCAAUUCUUUCUCAAGCCAGCUUCUCUACUUCUCUCUAAACUAAUUUCAGGCCUCCUCGUCCUGGGAAGGAGACAAGACCAGAUCCUGCUCCCCUCGGGGUGCUCCCAGUUCUUGGUUUGACCUCUGGGAGAGUCAGGCAGAGGAUUAACUCAGAUGGCCCAAGGAAAUGGCAAAGAACUCCAGUCUCUGCCCAGAAAACCUCGAAGGAGGGAAAAAAAUUACUAACGCAAGAACAGGUAGCCUGGAGUCCCAGGGAAUGGCUUUUGAAAGGAACAGACUCCCAGCCCAGGUGGUGGUAACAUUCAAGGAUGUGGCUGUGGACUUCACCCAGGAGGAGUGGCGCCUCUUGACCCCUCCCCAGAAGGAGCUCUACAGGGAGGUGAUGCUGGAGAAUGUCAGGAACCUGCUCUCUGUGGGGCUUGCAGUUCCCAGAGUAGAUGUGAUCUCUUAUUUGGAGCGAAGGGAAGCCCCAUGGAUGCUGGAGGAAGAAGGCCUGAGGAGCUCCUGUACAGAAGACGAGAUCAGACCUGAAAUGGAAGUGAUACCAAAAGAUAUGAACCUUUCUUUGGAAUAUAGCGACCAACAAAGAUUCAUGAGUGGUGAUCUAGAUAAAUUACCUUGGAGAGAAUUCUGUGUCGAUGUUCAAAAUUCAUUCCUUACUGAACAUCAAAGAAUGCAUAUUGAGAAAAAAUCUAAUGAAUGUAAUCAGUGUGGAAAGACUUUUAUGCACAGGGCCAGUCUUGCUGGACACUGGAGAAUCCACAUUGGGGAGAAAUCUUGUGAAUGUAAGCAAUGUGGAAAGACAUUCAGUCAGAGAUCCCACCUUGAUACACAUCAAAGAAUCCACAGUGGGGAGAAGCAUUAUGAAUGCAAGCAGUGUGAAAAGACAUUCAGACAUAGCUGUUCUUUUGCUAUACAUCAAAGAAUGCACAGUAGAGAGAAACCUUAUAAGUGCAAUCAAUGUGGAAAGACAUUCAGUCAGAAAUCCCACCUUGAUACACAUCAAAGAAUCCACAGUGGGGAGAAGCCUUAUGAGUGCAAUCAGUGUGAAAAGACAUUCAGUCAGAGAUCCCACCUUGAUACACAUCAGAGUAUCCAUAGUGGGGAGAAGCCUUAUAAAUGCAAGCAGUGUGGAAAGACAUUCAGACUUAGUUUUUCUUUUGCUAUACAUCAAAGGACCCACAGUGGGGAGAAACCUUAUGAGUGCAAUCAGUGUGGAAAAACAUUCAGUCAGAGAUCCCACCUUGAUACACAUCAGAGAAUCCAUAGUGGGGAGAAACCUUAUGAAUGCAAGCAAUGUGAAAAGACAUUCAGUCAGAAAUCUGACCUUAAUAAACACCAGAGCGUCCAUAGUGGGGAGAAACCUUAUGCAUGCAAGCAAUGUAGAAAGACAUUCAGUCAGAGAUCCCACCUUGAUACACAUCAGAGAAUCCACAGUGGGGAGAAACCUUAUGAAUGCAGGCAGUGUGGAAAGACGUUCAGGCAGAGCUCCAGUAUUGCAGUACAUCAGAGAAUCCACAGUGGGGAGAAACCUUAUGGAUGCAAUCAAUGUGGAAAGACAUUCAGUCAGAAAUCUGACCUUGAUACACAUCAGAGAAUCCACAGUGGGGAGAAACCUUAUGAAUGCAAGCAGUGUCAGAAGACAUUCAGGCAGGGCUCCAGUCUUGCUGUACAUCAGAGAAUCCAUAGUGGGGAGAAACCUUACAAAUGCAAGCAGUGUGGAAAGACAUUUAGUCAGAGAUCUCACCUUAAUACACAUCAGAGAAUCCACAGUGGGGAGAAACCUUAUGAAUGCAACCAGUGUGGAAAGACAUUCAGUCAGAGCUCUAGUCUUGCUGUACAUCAGAGAAUCCACAGUGGGGAGAAACCUUAUGAGUGCAACCAGUGUGGAAAGACAUUCACUAGGAAAUCUGACCUUGAUACACAUCAGAGAAUUCACAGUGGGGAGAAACCUUAUGAAUGCAAGCAGUGUGGAAAGACAUUCAGUCAGAGCUCCAGUCUUGCUGUACAUCAGAGAAUCCACAGUUUGGAGAAACCUUAUGAGUGCAACCAGUGUGGAAAGACAUUCAUACAGAGCUCUUACCUUGCUAUACAUCAAAGAAUCCACAGUGGGGAGAAGCCUCAUGAAUGCAAGCAAUGUGGAAAGGCAUUCAGUCAUAGAUCCCACCUUAAUACACAUCAAAGAAUCCACAGUGGGGAGAAACCUUAUGAAUGCAAGCAGUGUGGAAAGACAUUCAGUUGUAGCUCCAAUUUUGCUGUACAUCAGAGAAACCACAGUGGGGAGAAACCUUAUGAGUGCAAGCAAUGUGGAAAGACAUUCCGACAGAGAUCCCACCUUGGUAAACAUCAGAGAAUCCAUAGUAGGGAGAAACCUUAUGAAUGCAAGUAGUUUUGAGAGACAUUAAUUUGGUGCUUUUAUCUUUCUCAACAAUAGAUAAAUCACUAUCCUGAGGAAUUCUAAGAAUGCAAAUGUUAAAUCAAUACCCUUAAUAUGUCCUGUGUGAAGUUGGUGGAGAAGAUUUCUAUGAAAAUCAGAACUGAGAGUCAGUGAGCUAGAGCUGAAUAUUCUAUUACAAGGGAGACCAGGACUGAGGGGAUUAGGUAGGCGGCCAUCUUAAAGGAAGUGGGGGAGGACAGUUGAUCAGUAAAGAGAGAAAGGAAGCAUCCAUGGUCAGUUAAAUGCCUUUUGCCUCUGAAAUCUCUUGAAAACAAGAGGUCUUUCUGAGGCAAGGGGCUACUUCCAUCUGGGCUUCUAUAGAAAAUUGAAUGAGUGCUGCCUGUCUGUUGUUUUAAGAAGUUAGGGAGUUCAAGGACAUUUUAUAGACUAAGAAAUUAGGCCUGGAAUGCCAAGCAGAAUCUGCAUUGAGAAUAUGUUGUUUAGGGAAUGUUAAGAAGUAUUAGGAAGUUCUGGUAUAUUUACAUGGUAUAGAAUUAGCAAUCUCCUUACUCUCCUCUCUACCUGUAUUUCUUAAAUUAAAGAAAGUUUCUGUUAAA